AUGGGCAAUUCGGUACCUAACUUCAAUCCGAGCGAAGCGAUUUCUGACCCUUCUUGGAUCAGAAGACUUGAGCUGCGGACAAGGAAGGGUGCUCGUUACGAAAGCUUUCGUAGGUCGUGGCCCGUCGAGGCCGCCGGCUUCCAUCCUCUCGUUAUCCCACCACGGCUCUAUCACCUCCUCGGCUGUGCGGCAAGUUAUCCUUGUACCGGGGUCUGUCUUUACGAUUCAUGGUGA